AAAAAAAUAUUAAAAUCCAAAAAACUCGCAAAAAAAAACUAACAAAAACUAAACAAAAACCUAAAAAAACAACAACAUAACAUAACAUAAACCCAAUAUAACAACCAACACAACCCUACCCUCACUCCUUCUCCUCCAGAAGCCACCCCCCUCUUCAGACCAAGUUUGACUUUCUUUUUUUUGUUCCCCCUAUAAAAUCGAAAUCUUACUCUUCUCUCGCCGUCUUCUCUCUCGACUACCCGCUUUCUUGAAGAAGACCGCAGAACAAAACAAACCAACAAAAAAAAACAACAGAAAAACCACAAAAACCCUCCAAAAAAUCAACACCACCAGUCUAUCCAACAACCGACUCGAUCCCAUCCCAGUCCGUUGUUGACCUCUGCUUCUCCCUCCCCCCCGAAGCAAAUCAGACUAUCAAAUUUCGAUCGGAAAAUCUCUUCCUCGCAAAAAGGAACUUGAUCCGGUAGAUCUUUUCGUAAAAACCAAAAAAAAAAGUCGAACUCCUUUGACUCGUGUUGCCAUGUCUUCUGCCGUUGCUGCCGCUGUUGCUCCGAGUGAAAUGCCUGGCUCCGUAAAAGAUACCAGUGCCCCAGUUGUUCAAAACAAUGAGGUACCGGUGGCCACCAAUCCGUCCGUCGAACCCACUCCUGCCGGAGCCCCCGCAGCCAACCCGGCUGCUGCUGCCCCCGCCGUCCCGGUCCAGAACACCUCUGUCCCCUCGUCGAUCGCUACGACUACUCCAAACGCCAGUCCAGCCAGCCAACCCAAUACCUCCCUCUAUGUUGGGGAGUUGGACCCAACGGUCACCGAAGCGAUGCUCUACGAGAUCUUCAGUAUGAUCGGACCUGUUGCCAGCAUCCGUGUUUGCCGUGAUGCAGUCACUCGUCGUUCGCUGGGAUAUGCUUAUGUGAACUAUCUCAAUGCAGCCGAUGCCGAACGUGCCCUCGAGCAGCUAAACUACUCGCUCAUCAAGAAUAAGGCUUGUCGGAUCAUGUGGUCGCAACGUGACCCUUCCUUGCGCAAGACCGGUCAAGGUAAUAUCUUCAUCAAGAACCUUGACGAGACGAUCGACAACAAGGCCUUGCACGACACCUUUGCAGCCUUUGGUGACAUUCUCUCCUGCAAGGUUGCCACCGAUGAACAUGGUGCCUCGAAGGGCUACGGCUUCGUGCACUACGUGACCGGAGAAUCCGCCGAGGCCGCGAUCAAGGGCGUCAACGGGAUGCAAUUGAACGACAAGGUGGUUUUCGUUGGGAUCCACGUACCCCGACGGGACCGACAGGCCAAGAUCGAUGAGGUCCGAUCGCAAUUCACCAACCUCUACAUCAAAAAUUUGCCGACUGAAACCACAACCGAAGAGCUCAACGAGGUCUUUGGAAAAUUCGGUCCGAUCACCUCGGCUGCAGUUCAGUCGGACGAACAUGGCAAGCACCGUGGUUUCGGUUUUGUCAACUACGAAAACCACGAAUCUGCGAGCAAGGCCGUCGAUGCGUUACAUGACAAGGAUUACAAGGGUAAUGUCUUGUACGUCGCAAGGGCCCAGAAGCGGACAGAGCGAGAUGCCGAGCUCAAGAAGGCACACGAACAGCAGAAAUACGAGACGACCCUAAAAUAUCAAGGCGUGAAUCUUUACGUCAAAAAUCUUGAUGACGAAUAUGACGACGAGAAGUUACAAAACGAAUUUACGCCAUUCGGUACGAUUACAUCCUGUAAGGUUAUGAAGGACGAGAAAGGAACCUCCAAAGGUUUCGGUUUCGUCUGUUUCUCUUCGCCCGAUGAAGCCACCAAAGCCGUGGCCGAAAUGAACGGCAAGAUGUUGGGCUCGAAGCCCUUGUAUGUAUCGCUAGCCCAACGAAAAGAAGUCAGGAAACAGCAGUUGGAGGCACAAAUGUCACAACGCUCACAGAUGCGCAGUCAGCAAAUUGCCGCUGCCGGUAUCCCCGGUGCUCCUUAUGGUGCGCCACCCAACCCGAUGUACUUUGGCGGUGCAGCGGCUUAUCCACCACAUGGUGGCCGAGGGAUGAUGUACCCGCCGAACGGAAUGCCCGCCGGCAUGCCACCUCGACCUCGAUACGCACCCCCGGGACAGAUGGCGCCGAUGGGAAUGCCCGGUGGCGCACCAUACCCCCCUCAUCCUCAGGACUACCCGGGCUACCCCGUCGGUGGACCUGUGCCUCCAGUCGGUGGGAUGAGAGGUAUACCCGGCCCUCCCGCCCAUCUCGGUGGCCCUAACCCUCCCAACUUCCGAGGUGGCAACGGUGCACCCAUCCCUCCGAUGAACGGUCGUGGCUCCGCCCCUAGCACUAACGGGCCUGGCUCCAUGCGUGGCGCUCCUCCCCAAAGUCGUGAUGGCUAUGCUCCCUCGUCUCUUUCCGGUCGAGCGGUCAGUCAUCGGGUCUCAGAUAUCGCCCCUGUCGGUCUGAGUCCUGCGGCUCUGGCCAAAGCCAGUCCAGCCGAGCAAAAACAAAUGCUUGGUGAAGCACUUUACCCCCAAAUCGCCGAGAAACAACCCGAGAAGGCUGGGAAGAUCACCGGAAUGAUUCUGGAGAUCGAGAAUGCGGAGUUGAUUCAUUUGCUCGAGAAUCGACCGGCAUUGGAUGCUAAGGUCCAAGAAGCCGUUCAAGUCUUGGAUGAGUAUGAACGUAAAGACGCGAAAGGAGAAUUUUAAGUUUAAUUUUACAUUCUCUUGAAUCCCAAAACAAAACCCCACCCACCAAAUUUUAAGAAAAAAGUAAUCACGCAAUGGGGAAAGUGAGAGAUGAUGAUAAUAUAAUAAAAAAGAAGAAGAAGAAGAUGUAAUGGACGCUCCUCCGUCUCCAGUUCCGUAAUAGAGUCGCUUCUUUUUUUUCGUUCAAUUUAGACUAUGUGAAUCGAUCGAUCGUUAGGUGUUUGUUCACUCACCCGUCCCCCCCUCCUCCUCCUCAUCCUCCACCACACUUACCCUUACAUCCUAUCCUUCUUAUCCCCUCGAUCUUCCCCUUAGACUUUUACACCUCCCCGCUAUCUUCUUCUACCCUUGAUCUUCUUCUUCUUCUUCUUCUUCCUCAUCAUCAUCUUUUUCUUCUUUUGUCUGGGAAGCUUAUCAAGGGGUUUUGUCCGAAACUCUUUCUUUUGUUUCUUUCUCUCCUCCCCUCUCCUCCCCCCCUUUUUUUUCUUUGGUUUCUUUUUGCGUUUUUUUUUUUUUAGAUUGUUUUUUGUUUUCUUCUUUUUAUAUAGUUAAUCAAUUCAUUCAAUUCACUUUUUUCUCUUCUUUUUUUUUGGUUGGUGGGCUUUUUUUUUGGAGUGGGUGAGGCUGGGGGUUAUGGAAUCAUCUGUGCAUGGGACUUGUGGGUUUUGAG